AUGGCGGCCGCGAUGAAGGCGCAGAAAACCGGACUACUGGAACUCCGGGUGACCGUGGACCGCUGGACCCGGGUGCUGGCCACCCUCACCGAUGACACACUGACGGUCAACCCCGGCGAGGGUGCCGACGAGACGGCCAAACCCAAUCCGAAUCCCGCAGGCGCGAUCAACGGAGACCCCCCUAAUCUCAGCUCAUGUCCCGUCCCGGAGACCAUCACCAAUGUGAAGCGCACGGUGCGAGUUACCAAGCAAGACGUUGGAGGACUCGGGAUUAGUAUUAAAGGUGGGAAGGAGAACAAGAUGCCCAUUCUCAUCUCAAAGAUUUUUAAGGGCUUGGCUGCCGACCAAACGGAGGCCCUUUAUGUGGGCGAUGCCAUACUGUCUGUCAACGGCUGCGACUUACGGGAGGCCACGCACGACGAGGCCGUGCAGGCCCUGAAGAAAACUGGCAAAGAAGUCAUCCUUGAAGUCAAGUACAUCAAGGAGAUGUCAGCCUUCUUCAAGAGCUCGGGAUCCCCUGGCGGAGCUCUCCCGUGGGACUCGCCUCCCCCGACGCCUCAGAAGGACCAGUUGUCCGCUGAGGCCAGGGAACCCCGCAGCAUCCCCUUGAAAAUGUGCCAGGUAUCCCGCAAACAAUGCCCUCCUGACACAGAAAACAGGUACUUCGAGGUGAUUUCGCCCAACAGGAGGAACUCUGUGUUUCUGCGGGCCAAAGACCCAGCCAUGGCCCAGUCCUGGUACAACGCCAUUCAGGCCGGUGCUGCCAACCUUUUACCACUAGUCAAGGAGGAGAUGAAGAGAUUGCAGCCGGGUAUGGAAGUCAAACACUUGGGAUGGAUUGUUGAACAGGCGGUCCAAGGACCGGAGAGGCCCGUCCUCGCUGUGCUGACCGACCGGGAACUGCUUCUCUACCCCGCCUUGCCCGAAAGCAAAGACGCCAUCAGCAACCCCACUAAGAGUCACCCUCUCAUCACCACUAGGCUGGUCCACUCCGGCCCAGGGAAAACCUCUCCCCUCCUGGAAUCCGAGCUUUCAUUUGGCCUGCGUACGGGCACCAAGCAAGGUGUGGAGACCCAUGUGUUCCGAGUGAACUCCCCUAAGGAGCUGUCGGCGUGGACUCACCUGUUGGUCGACGGCUGCCACAUUGCCGCCGAGCUCAUCAAGGAGGUCACGACAGCCUGCAGCUGGAACGGAAAGGAGUGCACCCUAGGUGUGCACAUUGACGAGGGCUUCACGCUAUUCACCGAAGAGCUGGGUGUGCGUAAGAGCGUCCUGCUGCAACAUCCCUUUGAGCGUCUGAGGAUGUCGUCGGACGACGGCGUCCGCAUGAUGUUCCUUGACUUCGGAGGGCCUGAGGCCGAAAUUCAACUGGACCUUCAUUCUUGCCCCAAGACGCUGGUGUUCAUCAUCCACUCAUUUCUGUCAGCCAAGGUCAAGCGACUCGGCCUCCUGGCGUGAUGACGUCCGUAAAGUUUGUAUUAGGAAUAUUUGACGAAUUGACAAAAACAACAACCCAGACCGUUAUGAGCGCAGCAAGUGAUGACUAAACCUCCUGUCCUCUCUACCGGCUUGUCCCGGUCUCUCGUGGAAGACCGGCGGACAUUGGGGUAGUUGAGGUUUUUCACAAAUGCACAGCUCAUGAAUCACGCAUUGAUUAUGCAGCUGUCAUUUUUGUAGUUUUGGUAAGCGUCACUUCACCUUGUAUUGAUUCAUUGUAUGUGUGCGCCUUGAAUGUCUUGAUGGUUGAUGUUGGAGAAGCCAUUAUUUAAGUAAAGGAAGACAGCUUUAACGGAAUGACGGGAGACUGAUCACUACGUGAUCUAAAAUGGAUGUAAGGAUUCAUUAAAUGCUGAACUUAUGGAUGUUUAAGUUGCCUUCUCACAAAACACCCUUUUACGACUUUUUCUUUCUGGUUUUAUGAUAAUACUAAAUAAGAGCGUAAUAUGACAAAAAAAAAAGACUGUUAUUUUUAUUUGACUUACUUUAGUUAAGCUGCAGAUUUUGAUUAAAACUAUUAAGGCUACUAACAAAAAGAGCCUCAUGAACAGAUGGACUUCAAAGUGUACACAUACCGAUAAUUGGACUACAUUUUUCCACACAUUCCAAUCAAAGUUGGCAAAACCCUCAUUUUUCAAUGUCUCUAAAAGUUGUGUAAAGAGGGAAAAAAACAGUUCAGAAAACAAUUGAGUGACAUUUGUAAAUGUUCAACCUGGUCAGUAUUUAUGAUCGCAAUCAGUAUAGUGUGGCCAAUACCAAAUUAGAGUGCUUCACUCAAUUGCAAAAAUUUUAUUGGAUGUUGCUGAGAGAUUAUUCUGUGGUGUGGGGUACACUUGAUAUUGAGUAUACCAUAUGCUAUAAUAAGCACAAACUUUCUUUUUUUUUGUUUUUACUUGUCAUGAGUCAUGAUCUCACAUUUGGUAAAUCUCUGAAAGUCUGUUGGGCCUAAUUUGAGAAUUUCCAUCCCCUUACAAUCAAAUUCAGCGUAUGUAGGUCAAAUUGUCAUUUAUGUGCCCAACACAGAGUUGGCCUGGAUCUCAAGCUAUUUCUACUACAACUUGUUUUCUUCUGUGUGUUUUUUGGAUGAACUGUGGCACUACAGUGCUCCCCACAUGUUCGUCUUGGUACUAAGAACACAAUUGUAUUUUUUUUAUCUCAUCACAAAAAAGGAACAGAAAAUGGAUGCAUUGAUUUGUGGGGUCUUUUGCCUUUUAAAAAAAUCUGUUAAAAUGAUAAAAAUCGGUGUGUGUCACCUGCUUAAGGUAUGUCUCUAAUCUAGAUUCAUGACAUUUUAAUUAACAUUUAAUCAUUUGUUUAAACACUAAAGCACCCAAAUGGCCUUCAUCACAAAGUACUCGCACAAACAAUGAAACGUUGCAUUAAACUUGUAUUCCUGUGUCAAUGUUGUCCAAAAUAAAAUGUCUAUUAUUAUUUAAACAAGCAAAGGUGUGCCUUUUAAGGGUUGUUUGUACAUAAACAUGUAAUAAACUUUGGUAACUUUUAACAUA